AAGGAAGGUUACAGCUUAAUGUCAAUAUGUAAGGUUAUAACGUUGUAACUUAAAUAUUUCAGUUUCACUUUUUAUAUGGAUGCUGUAUUAAUACGUGGACCGAUGUAAAUUAAUCGAAAGAUGUGUAAAGAAGGUUUUUGAUUAAUCUUUUCAAUGUAAAUUAGAAUGCUGCAAUUUUGGAGAAAAGAUAAACAAAAGUCACCUCAUUCAUCUCCUGUAAAGAUUCAUAAUGGAAAUGUUCAAUCUUUCGUGGACCAAGAAUUUGUGACAUCUAUUGGGCCAUUGUCACAUUUUACUUGUGAACAAAAUCAGAGCCUUCCUUGUGAACCCAAAUCAAGAUUAUCUCUAAACUUGGAAGAUGUUUUUAAUAAUAAGGUGGCCUUAUCUUAUUUUAGUCAGUAUAUGGAAGCCCAUGGAUAUGGAAAUGUCCUUAGCCUGUUAUUAGAAGUUGAAAGCAUUCCAUUUAGAAUUUCCAAUGGGAUUCCUAAACAAACACAAAGUGCAGCAAGUUCACCAUCAAAAUCAUCUUCAAAGAGUGUUGAUCCUUAUGUCCAGAAAAGUGUAAAUGAACAUAACAGUCCUAAAAGGAUAUUUACUCAGUACCUGUGUGAUGAUUCCCCAUUCAGGGUUCGCUUACCAGAAGAAUUAAGGAUGGAAGUACAAUCUGCUUAUUGUAGUCCAGAUUUUGAUUAUUACAGUUUUGAUAAUUUGAGAGAAUAUCUACUCCAACUCAUCAAAAAAGAAGUUUGGGUAGAUUUUCUACACAGUGACUGUUACUGCAAAUACCAAAUAGAAAUAAUGACUAGUGGUAAAAUGACUCUUAGCGAUGUAUUAUACAGUGAUGCUUGUUUGAACGGUUUUAUUGAGUUUUUGGAGCAGGAGAGAUGUGAAUGCGUCAUUGAGUUUUGGUUAGCAGCCACUAAUUUCGAAAGGCAGUAUAGCUCAAAAAAGGAGCCAGUGGAUACUACUCAGAUACAAAAUGAUGCAAUACUUAUUUAUGAUAAGUAUCUUUCUCUUCAGGCUACAUCUCCUCUGGGCAUAAACGAUAAAGUGAGAUUUGCUGUAGAAGAAGGAAUCUGUGGGGAGACAGAAACUGCUCCUAAUUGCCUGACCCCUGCUGUGUGUUUAGUUGAAGAUUUUUUACGAACUGUAUAUUUGAGGCUUUUUCUCUCUUCUCAUCAGUACUUGUCGCUCCUCUCUGAUGUGAUGUCUUCUUCUCAGCCUCGUUCAUCAUCUCCUGCUUCAUCGGUUACUGAUGGUGGUUUUGACUCUAGUCUUCCAUGUGAGCCUGAUCUACUAUGGAGGCGAAGGAAACAGAACAGUGGACUGAGUUUUGGAAGAAUUGACCAACUUGGAAGAUAUGAAACAGAUAUCGAGCCUGAGCCAGAUAAGAAAUCUGAAUCUCGUAUCAGCCGUGUUGUGAAACUCAUUUUGAAUAAAGAUGAGCAUAAGGCACAAGAAGAAAUGGCUUGGAGAGUUGCUGAAAUGAUCGUAAAAGACAUAACGAGUAUUACAAUGGGAACUUCUCAAUCCGAUGAAGAUUUAUAGCUAGUGAUUCUUAGUGCUGUUAUAUUGUUCUUUAUCAUCUAGUCAGUAGAUAAGUACUCUCUAUAUCCAUUAAUGUCUAAGGUCUUGAUGGUGGAUUUUAUUUUAACCUCGUCCAGGUUAUUUUAACCUGGUGGGUAUUUAUGAAAAUUAGAAAUAUAAGCAUAAUGACAGGGUGGAUGUUAUUAGCAAUGUUUCAACUUCAAAAAGAAAAAAAUUUUGGAACGUAAUUGAAAGUCUAUAUUUGAAGGUAUAUUCUUAUUUCUCAAUCUACUAAUCUACUUAAUAUUACUAAGUGUAUUUUCUGUGAUAACUGGAACGAGUAGUAGGCAUAGAUGCUGUGGAUAUUAAAAACAUCCAGUAGUUAAGUUUAUUAUCACAAACUGUUACUAAAUAAUGUAAUACAGUUACUUAGGAACCAAUGUCACAUGUCAUCUAAUUCAUAAUAAACGGAAAUGAAUGGAAAAGAGGGAUCUGAUAAAUUAGUAUAUGUAAAUACAAAUAUAUUUUACAACACAAAUAUUGGUGCUUUUAUGUUGUUCGUUAAAAUAUAGUUUACCAAGCUGUUGAAAUAUGUCUCAAAGACCCAGCAGUUUAUAUUUCCGUGCUUUAUGUUGACUAAUUUGUAUAUACGUCUAUAUUUUAUUGUAUUAAUAAACUUAUAUGAAUAAGUGUGUUUUAUCUAGAGUUAUCUAUUUAUAUCAAAAUAAAUAUUAAAUUGCAUAUUUUUGUAAAGAGGAGCAAUUGCAUUAUCUUGUAAGUAAAGUACUAUUAGGUUUAAUUUUAUAUUGUGUAAAUAUUUUAUCCUUUUUUUUUUC